AUGCAGGUUUAUAUUAUUUAUAUGGGGGAUCAACAUUUGGAGGAUUAUUCAGCUGAGUCUCUACAUCUCAAUUUACUCAAUCAAGUACUCGAAAGCAGUUCAGCCCACGAGUGUUUAGUCUACAGCUACAAAAGGAGCUUUAAUGGAUUUGCUGCCAAGCUUACUGCUGAAGAGCAAAAGAAGCUAGCUGGGAUGGGAGGAAUAGUGUCAGUUUUCCCCAGUAGAACCCUAAAGCUUCACACCACAAGAUCAUGGGACUUCUUAGGAUUCUCCGAAACUCCGAAGAGAAAUCUAGCAUUGGAGAGGGAUAUUAUUGUGGGGAUGAUUGACUCGGGAAUCUGGCCUGAAUCCGAAUCUUUUAGCGAUGAGGGGUUUGGACCACCCCCAAAAAGAUGGAAAGGAGCCUGCGUAAAUUUCACAUGCAACAACAAAAUUAUUGGAGCCCGAUACUACGUUGCCCCAAAUUCUACCACGGAAGAUGAACUCUCACCACGUGAUUUCUUAGGCCAUGGCAGCCACACUGCAUCCACGGUGGCGGGGCGUGCAGUGAGGAAUGCAAGCCUAUAUGGCCUUGCACCUGGGACUGCUAGAGGUGCCGUGCCAUCAGCUAGACUUGCUGCGUACAGAGUUUGUGUGGGAGAUGGUGAUUGUAGUUCUCAUGACGUCUUGGCCGCAUUUGAUGAUGCAAUAGCUGAUGGUGUUGACAUUAUAUCCAUUUCUAUGGGCUUUGGUUAUGCAUAUGACUAUUUCGAGGACCCCAUAGCCAUUGGGUCCUUCCAUGCGAUGAAGAAGGGGAUUCUUACAUCGGCCUCAGCGGGCAAUUUUGGUCGACAAGGAUCCGUAGAGAAUGUUGCUCCAUGGACGAUGGUAGUUGCAGCUAGCAGCAUCGAUCGGCAUAUCAUAGACAAAUUGGUCUUAGGUAACAAUGAGACUAUUGUGGGAGCCUCCAUCAAUACUUUUCCCACUGAGAAAAGGUUUUUCCCAUUCACUUAUAAUGGUAACAUCGAUGAUUGUGAUGCAGAUGUGCUAAAUAAGAGUCUAGUGAGCGGCAAGAUUAUUCUGUGCGACUCAGCAGUUGAUGGAACGGGACCUUUGCUUGCUGGCGCGAAGGGUGCGGUGAUGCUGGAUGAGUCAGAUGAUGCAUUUGCGUACCCUCUUCCAGCACUUGUUGUUAGUCCUACCGAGCGCCAGAAGCUUAUAGAUUAUAGCAACAAUGCCAGGAAUCCUGUGGCGAACAUUCAUAAAAGCGAAGCGGUAUUUGAUCCUAAAGCCCCUGUUGUUGCUUCUUUCUCUUCUAGAGGGCCAAGUCAUCUCACACCUGACAUUCUGAAGCCCGAUAUAAGUGCUCCUGGAGUCAAUAUAUUGGCAGCAUGGUCGCCUAAAGCUAAGCUGUCAGAUUCUAAAUACGAUACACGUUCGGUCAAGUACAAUAUUAUAUCGGGAACAUCCAUGGCAUGCCCUCACGUGACAGGCGCUGCCGCUUAUGUUAAAUCGUUUCAUCCAAAAUGGUCUCCAGCAGCCCUCAUGUCUGCCUUGAUUACAACUGCUUCACCAAUGAAUCCUUCGGACGAUUCGGAUGCUGAACUAGCUUAUGGAGCUGGCCAGGUCAACCCAAGAAAGGCACGCAGUCCAGGUCUUGUAUAUGACGCCACUGCAAGAGAUUACGCAGAAAUGCUAUGCAAUCAAGGCUAUAAUACGUCAAUGAUUAGGCUCAUAACUGGAGAUAAGAUCACUUGUCCCAAGGUUGCAAAUGGAUCUCCAAGGGAUCUAAAUUACCCUUCGAUGGCUGCCUAUGUUCAAACAGAUAAAAGCUUUCAAGUGCAUUUUCCAAGGAUAGUUACCAAUGUUGGCCGUUCAAACUCCACAUACACCGCAAGGAUCAACUCAGGAUCCAAAUUUAAUGUUACAGUUAAUCCCAGAGUACUAUCCUUUGCUAAAUUAUAUGAGAAGCAAAAAUUUGUGGUGACUGUUUCUGGGGAGCCACUCUCGUCUGAUUCGAUUGUCUCAGCUUCUAUUGUGUGGUCUGACGGCAAGCAUCAUGUCAGAAGCCCAAUAUGUGUGCACACAGUAUAUAUUUAA